AUGGAACUACUGAAGCCACCGCAGCCAUUGGUGCUCUCGGGAAGUACAGCAAAGAACUGGAGCCUUUUCAAGCAGAGCUUCGAGCUGUUCCUGCAGGCCACGGAGCCGUCGAAAGAACCGAGGUCGGAGGCAGCCAAGACAGCACUCCUGCUCAGCGUUGCCGGAGAAGACGCCCUAGAGAAAGGGCCUCAAGUCAGUGAAGUGCGCGACGAGCAAGAUGACUUUUACAUCCUCGAUGUCAACGUUGGCAGCAAAGCUGAUCUGCUGAUCAAUGCAACAUUGGCUUCCAAACAAGUGUCUCUUAAGGUUGACACAGGCUCACAAGCCAACUUGUUGCCUCAGUCUGUGUUCCAAAGCCUAAAAUCGAAGUCCAGGUUACGGGAAAGCUCCUCUGUUCUGCGCUCAUACAGUGGCGACGCUAUCAAGCAUAUCGGUGCUACUACGCUACAAGUUGUCGCGAACAGCCACACCGGUUACUUCGACUUCUUCAUUGUUAAGAAGAGCACCCAGGCCAUCCUGGGGCUGUCGGUGAGUGAAGCUUUGGGACUGGUCUCUCGUACUGUCGACGUAGUGAAUACAAGCAGCACCAUCCAAGCGAUGACAGAAUUUCCCGAGUUGUUUCAGGGCAUCGGUUGGCUAAAACGCCAGUACCACAUGGUUCUGCAGGGGGAUGCAACCCCGGUGGUCCAACCGGUACGACGGGUGCCCCAGGCGCUGCUCCAGCCCUUGCGAGAGGAACUGUAUCGCAUGGAGCAUGAAGGCAUCGUGGUCAAAGUCAGCGAACCGACGGAUUGGGUGAGCCCCUUUGUCGCCGCGAGAAAAAAGGAUGGUAAACAAAUGUUCCUGGCUGAUAUGUUAUCUAGAUCGUCGCCAGUGGCACCGGGCACUAUGGAUGACUUCACAGAGGAUGUUGACCUUCAUGCAGUGAGCGUGUCUUCAGACCUGAUAUGA